AUGGUGAAUAACCCUUCAAUCACACCUGCAUCUUCCCUUCUUUCAAUAAAAGAUAUAUGGCAAAAAUUAGCUACAUUAUACGAUUUAGAUGGUUUAGAUGAACUUGAAGAUUCUAGUAGUUUUAUGGCAGAAGAAGAAAAAUUAUCUGAAGAAUCGUCCUCUGUCCCUUAUUUUGGAUCAUUAGGUGGUGAGCUUGGCGAUGGAAGUUAUCUUCAAGAUUUCUAUUUACCUUGGGAUGAUUUUUCCAAUUUAAUUAUUGAACGAGCAGUUUCUAAUGAAAGCGAAUCUUCUGACGAAAAUGAAGGUCAGCGAAGUGAAAAUGAAAACGCGAGUAGCGAAGAAGUUCACCGGAACUCUUCUAAAAAACGAAGACGCUCUCAAAGUUCUGAAAGCCAGCCUCAUGUUAGUGAGGCUUCGGAAAUUGAAAACGAUGGUAUGCAUUUUCUUUUUGAACUUAUUUCUGAAGUUAUUUUCUAA